AUGCCGUGCACCUCCGAGACCAACAACACGGCGGAAAACACUGCUCUGAUACUCGGUGCCCGCACGGCUGCAGACCAGGGCGCGCGUCGACUACGCGUCGAAGGCGAAAGCCAGCUUGUCAUCCGCCAGGUCAAGGGGAUCUACGGGACCAAGAGCACGCGUCUUCGUCUCCUCCGUAACGCUGUGCGUGCCGAGUUGGCUCGGUUGGAUGACCACUCGCAUUACCAUAUCGACCGCCAGGGCAAUGUCUUUGCGGACCGCCUUGCCAACCGUGCCUUGGACGUGAAGACCACCAAGUGGGAGUGCAAGGUCCACACGCCACCCACGGCGUGCGUGACCGUGAUGUCGUUCGGAUCGCCAUCACAGACAACGCAAGAUGUCGACCUGGCCGACGUGGACAUGUAA